ACCAUUGUAUUGCUUGUACAGGCCAUUACGAUGUCGUUCCUGCCAAUAAGCAUUCUCAUUAUAUUAGUUGUUAAUCUAGCAAAAGCAGUCUAUUAUGACUCAUGGGAAGGUACGCCUCUAACAGACGAGCAAAGACAGGCCUAUGAAAAUGCUAAUAUUUUAAGUACAUGUGCGAAUAAUAUUCAGCCUUGUGACGAGACCGAAUGGAGGCGUACAGAUGGUAGCUGCAAUAACCUUUAUUAUCCUACUCGGGGAGCAUACCAUACACCAACUUUCAGAAUCCUGCCCGCCGAUUUUCGUGAAGAUUUUGAGCCCAGGCUGACCAGUUCAGGGAAGGAGUAUCCUCUAGCCAGACAUAUCAAGAACAAUCUAUUGACAGUAGGAUUGGCUACAGAUGCAAAAUUAACGCAGUUAUCUGCGUAUUACAUUGAGUUUAUGGCCAUUGAUGUUGUCUCCGCACAUGACAUCUUGAAUUACAUCGUGGAUAGGCCUUACUGCUGUAAAGAAGAGGGAAAAUCUGAUCCUAUGUGUGCUCCUAACUUCAUACCAGAAUUCGACCCGGUUCACCGAUUUUCGGGGCACAAGUGCUUUAACAUGACAAUACCUAUGACGUUCCAAAAUCUGGGAUGCAUUGAGAAUGGCACGACUCCUAGUCGAAUCGAUUUCACUACGACAUUCUUUGAUUUAUCUAAUAUUUACGAGUUUUCUGCUGGUUCUUUAAAUCAAGUUAGGUCUUAUGAAGGUGGACAGUUGAAAUACGAAGUGGUUAAUGGCAGACAGUUCCCUAGCGACGCCAGCGAUAAUACCACUUGUUUUAUCAAGCAAGCCAUUAGUACAGGGUGCAGUAGAAAUGUACCAAAUGGAGUAUUGGGCAGUAAUCUGUUUACAACAUGGUUCUGGCGCUUCCAUAACUAUGUGGCUCAGCAACUAGCAAAUCUCAAUCCUAGCUGGGAUGACGAACGACUCUUUUAUACUGCGAGAGAUAUUGUUGUCGCUUUUCAUCUGCAAAUGUUCUAUUACGAAUUUCUGCCUGAAAUUUUGGGUAAAGAUCACAUGAUUGAAGAUGAAAUAAUAUUAGGUAACUCAACGGGCUUCAGGGACAUUUACGAUGAAACGGUUGAACCUCAAAUUGCUCUAGAGUACGCAUACGCAAGCAGGUGGUUUCAUACAAUACAAUACGGCGCUCAAAAACUUUUUGAUAAAAACUUUAAUUUCAUUAAAGAGGUACCGAUGGUGAACUUCUCUCUGAGCGUCCAGUCUUUAGCUAUAGGUGACAUAAUGUCGACCGUAACACGAGGAUCGUAUUAUCAAGCCACUGGCAAAGCUGAUUCCGCCGUAGAUCCUGAUAUAUCAGAUAUCGGCUUAGGACCUGUGCAAGAAGUUUUCGAUAUACCGACAACAGAUUUAGCUAAGGGCAGAUAUUUUGGACUACCUUCUUACACAAAAUACAGAGACUUCUGCUCGGGCUAUUCAAAAAAACAUGUUGAUUUCGACGAUUUAACGGACCACAUUAGUGACGAGAAAAUACAACAGCUCAAACAAGUUUAUGAGACGGCCGAAGACAUAGAACUUAUGGCAGGUAUUUGGGUAGAGAACGUGACAGAAGGAGCUCAAGUUCCACCAACUGUACACUGUUUGUUAUCAAACCAACUUAAAAGAAGUAUUAUCAUUGACAGACAUUGGUAUGAAAGGCCUAAUCGCCCACAUGCCUUUAAUUAUGAACAACUUCAAGAAAUUAGGAAAGCUUCUUUAGCGCUUCUGCUAUGCUAUGUGGGAGAUGACGUUGAAAAAAUCCAACCCAAGGCUUUCACUAUCGUUGGAAAAGGAAACAAUUUGGUCAGCUGUGAUGAAAUUCCGGCUAUAGACUUUACACACUGGAAAGAAGAAUUGUAAACUGAAAAUAUCUUUUAAUGUAAUUGGCAGACAGCGAGUUCAUGACUUAACUCAUUUUAUGUAGUAAUUUUGAAACCAAACGUGAAUGCGUGUGGAAAUAUGAGGUCUAAGACUGCACCAUCUAAUAUAAAAUUAAUGUUACCAUUAUACUAUCAGUUUGAUUUUAUACGAUUCAUUUACGGAAAAUAAAGCGUGGUUAAUUCAUUAGUAGUUAUCAAUUCAUUUAUUGUUGAUAAUGGGCACUGGUAAUCAAAUCUGGUCGGUCAUGGGAUCGUCGUCUGCCUAUACAUAUAAUAAACAUUUUUGACUUUCUUUCCAUUCAAAAAUCAAGACUAUUGAUGUUAAAUAAUAUAAAUUUGAAUAAAAAAAUAAUUAAAAAUGAUGAAUGCUUUGUAAUAACAGCAACGAUUCAAUUGUAUUGAGAAAGAGUCAGAGUGCCUCAUGAUUAGGCGUCAGCUUAAUCUGUAUACUCAUUAUGAAGAAGAAUUAAGCAGAGCACGACACACA